GAUUUGAACUGGCAAACGACAGGCGCACGACAAGCUCGCAUCAUUUAUAUAGAUAAAGAAUUAAUAAUAUUAUAAAAAAAAAAAACAUUAAGAAAGAAAAAUAACUGCUUGCGUUUUUAUUAGCAUUGUUUAAAGCGGAAUGAAGCUCCUGCUCGGGUUGUUAUUGCUGCAAAGCACAUUUCACAGCUAUGCACAAGAAAUCUUUGGAUAUUGCACAACACCUUCGGAACAAAGCGGAACCUGCAUUUAUCUACAAAGUUGCAACUAUCUUUAUGAGCUCGUUCAAAAGCGCUCGGUUUCGGCCAGCGAUCGUACAUUCCUGGCAAACAGUCAAUGUGGCUAUCGCAACAAUCAGGUUAUCAUUUGCUGUGCCAACAGUCGCCGCUUAAGCGAUGCGCCAGUUUGGGGAAAUCAAGGCCUACCUCAACCACAGCCCCAACCAACGGUUCCCGCGAAACUCUCUGGAUUGCUACCCCAAGUGCCCAAUUGCGGUGAUAACUUUGGCAAUCGCAUUGUGGGCGGUGUGAAUACGGGCAAAAAGGAGUUUCCCUGGCUGGCUCUAAUCGAGUACACAAAACCGGGUAAUGUUAUCGGUCAUCAUUGUGGAGGCUCGCUGAUCAACAAUCGAUAUGUGCUUACUGCAGCGCAUUGUGUAUCUGCCGUGCCCGCGAAUUGGCGUCUCACUGGUGUGCGUUUGGGUGAAUGGGAUACAACCAUGGAUCCCGAUUGCACCAAGGAGCGCAGCGGACGCAGCGACUGCAAUGAUCCUUAUGUGGAUGUGCCCGUUAGUGAAGCAAUACCACAUCCACAGUACCCUGGCAAUGCUCGUGAUCAAAUGAAUGAUAUUGCAUUGUUGCGCCUGCAAAAUCAAGUCGCCUUAACCGACUUCAUCUCCCCAGUUUGUUUGCCCACGCGGCCAGAGCAACGCAAUACCAUUUUCCUUGGUAGAAAAAUGGUUGUCGCUGGCUGGGGAAGAACCGAAACGAAUGCCACAUCCAAUAUUAAACUAAAGGCUGAAAUCGAACCUGUGACCUCAGAGGCCUGCAACAAUCGAUAUUCAUCUCAACGACGCUCCAUUUCCUCCAGCCAAAUUUGCGCUGGUGGCGUGGAAGGUGUCGAUUCAUGUCGCGGUGACUCGGGCGGUCCCUUAGUUAUGGAAGAAAUUACUGAUGGAUAUGGCAACUAUUUUCUUACCGGCGUGGUGUCGUAUGGUCCCACUCCUUGCGGCUUAGCUGGCUGGCCUGGCGUUUACACACUUGUAUCCGCAUACAUUGAAUGGAUUGACAGCACAAUUAGGCCAUAAGCAUACACACAUAUUGUCAUAAAUAUGAAUAAAUGAUUAUUAAACACUGUA